GUCGAUCUUAAGGGACCUCUCAUGUUUCAUUAGAGCAAGCUCACCUCGAGGAAUGAUUCCGCAAGAAACCUGACAUAGGCUGCCUAAAUUCCAGGAAACCGUUUCACUGUAUCAGUUGGAGGAGCUGCGUUUGUUUCAGAAGCUGAGUAAAUCUACGCAACGGAACUAUAAUGAGAGACACUGUAGUCGAACUUCAAACAACACCCCAGGAUGAACUCUUUCCAGAAGGGUACACCAACCUGGCUUUCGUGCAGGACGAGAAACCCAAAGAGGAGCCUCCUCCCCCUGUUGAAACACCCCCCAAACAGAAGAGACAGGGACUGUUCAGGAAGAAAAAACCUGAUGAACCAAAAGAGCCUAUGAAAACAGUUGGAUUCUUCCAGCUGUUUCGCUAUGCCACGCCCCUGGAGAUCAUCCUGAUGAUUGUGGGGUUACUCUGUGCUGCGGCGCACGGCGUCGCCCUGCCACUCAUGACAGUCGUCUUCGGACAGAUGACGGACAGCUUUGUCCAGAGCAGCCAGCACAUCAACCUGACAGACAAUUCUACUUUGGCUUUCCUAAAUUCCUCAGAAUGUGUCACACUCCCUGGGAUUGAUAUUGAAGCUGCAAUGACCAGACACUCAUAUUACUUUGUGGGAAUCGGAGCAGCAGUACUUGUCCUUGGAACCUUUCAGGUGAUGCUGUUUCUGAUAACAGCCACCAAACAGACUAAAAGGAUUCGGUCAAAAUUCUUCCAUGCCGUCCUCCACCAGCCAAUGGAAUGGUUUGAUACACACCAGAUUGGUGUGUUAAACACCAGAUUAACAGACGACAUUAACACAAUCAAUGAUGGCCUGGGAGACAAAAUUUGCAUAUUUGUGCAGUUUUUCUGCUCAUUUGUGGCGGGAUUCAUUAUUGGAUUUAUCCACGGCUGGAAACUCACCUUGGUCAUCCUGGCAGUCAGCCCCCUUCUGGCAGGGUCUGCUGCAGUCUGGUCCAAGAUCCUUGCAUCCCUGACCAGCAAGGAGCUUUCUGCAUAUGCUAAGGCUGGGGCAGUGGCUGAAGAAAUCCUUGUGUCAAUUAGGACAGUAAUGGCUUUCAAUGGACAGAAGAAAGCAGUAGAAAAAUAUGAAACCAACUUGGUGGAAGCUAAAAACUUUGGCAUAAAGAAGGCCAUCACAACCAAUGGAUCCAUGGGCAUAACACAAUUCAUAAUAUUUGGGACAUAUGCGCUGGCCUUCUGGUAUGGAACCAAACUCUCUGUUGAUGAACCAGAAAACUACUCCAUUGGAAGAGUUCUUACUGUGUUCUUUUCAGUCAUGAUUGGAGCUUUCUCUUUGGGCCAGGGAGCCCCAAACCUGGAAGCGGUAGCAAAGGCCCGGGGUGCAGCCUAUGAGGUCUACAACACAAUCGAUAUGCCUCGUCCAAUUGACAGCAGUUCAAAGGAAGGCCACAAACCAGACUGCGUGAAGGGUGAUAUUGAAUUCAAGAAUGUCCACUUCAAUUACCCCUCCAGAAAGAACACAAAGAUCCUGCAGGGCUUGAACUUGAAGAUUCCCCAUGGGAAGACCAUUGCCUUGGUGGGGGCUAGCGGUUGUGGGAAAAGUACCACCAUCCAGCUCUUGCAGCGCUUCUACGACCCUGACACAGGAGAGAUCACGCUGGAUGGCCACGAUAUCCGUUCCCUCAACGUGAAGUGGCUGCGGGAGAACAUGGGCAUCGUGAGUCAGGAACCUGUGCUCUUUGGCACCACCAUCGCCGAGAACAUCCGCUACGGCCGCGAGGACGCCACUGACCAGGACAUUGAACGCGCUAUCAGGGAGGCCAAUGCCUACGAUUUCAUCUCCAAGCUCCCAGACAAGUUGAACACCAUGGUGGGGGAGCGGGGGGCCCAACUGAGUGGGGGGCAGAAACAGAGGAUCGCCAUUGCCCGUGCGCUGGUCAAAAACCCCAAGAUCCUCCUGCUGGAUGAGGCCACAUCUGCACUGGACACACAGAGCGAGUCCAUCGUACAGGCAGCACUGGACAAGGCAAGAGCUGGCCGCACGACAAUUGUCAUCGCUCACCGCCUAUCGACAAUUAGGACGGCAGAUCUCAUCGCUGGGUUCGACAAUGGUGUGGUUGCGGAGCUGGGGACACACAGAGAACUCAUGAACUUGAAGGGAAUCUACUACUCCCUCGUCAUGCAGCAGAGUUCAGGUAACACAGACAUUGAAAAAGAGUCCAGUGAGGGGGACACUUUCGAUGACUCAUCCGAAGAAGAAAAUGAAGCACAUCAAAACCAGGAAGUGUCAGAAAAUGGCGAGCUUGAGAGGACAAACAGUGUCAGAAACAGCCUCCGACGGAGAUCAACCAAGAAAAAAUCCAGAAGGUCGAAGAAAUCCGCCAAGGAGGAGAAAAAGGAGGUGCUCCCAGAAGUGUCCUUCGGCAGGAUCCUGGCCCUGAACAAGCCUGAGUGGCCAUACCUGGUGAUCGGAACGCUCUUCAGCUUAGUGGGAGGAGCUGUUUAUCCUUGUGUUGCCAUCCUGUUUGCUAAAAUCAUUGGUGUGUUUGCUGAAAUUGACCCUGAGGUGAAACGUCAGAGGACACUGAUGUUCUCACUGCUCUUCCUUCUCAUUGGUGGAGUGGCCUUUGUGACCUACUUUGUACAGGGCUAUAUGUUUGGUAAAUCUGGAGAGAUUCUGACAAUGAGGCUGCGAAGCCAGUCUUUCCAUGCCAUGAUGAGACAGGAAAUUGGUUGGUUUGAUGACAGCAGUAAUGCCGUGGGAGUUUUAACCACCAAGCUGGCCACUGAUGCUUCUCUGGUCAAAGGGGCAGCGGGAUCCAGACUUGGCCUGGCCACCAACGCGAUCUGCAGUCUCACCAUUGCUGUCAUUGUGGCCUUCAUCCACAGCUGGCAGCUCACCCUCCUCAUCCUCGCCUGUGUGCCCUUCCUCACAGGUGCCAACGUCAUUCAGAUGAGGGCCAUGGCUGGACAUGCAUCCAAAGACCAGAGUGCGCUGGAGCUGUCUGGAAAGAUAUCCACUGAAACAGUGGAAAACUUCAGGACAGUUGUGGCGUUGACACGGGAGGAUGUCUUCUUUAAGAAGUUCACUGACAGCCUGAGCAAUCCAUACCGGGCUGGCUUGCUGAAAGCACCCAUCUAUGGACUGACCUUUGCCAUUGCUCAAGCCAUACCUUACUUUGUCAACGCUGCAGUCUUCCGCUUUGGUGCUUGGCUGAUUGCUCACUGUCACACUGAGUAUGAAAAUGUUUUCCUGGUCUUCUCUGUAAUUGUCUUUGCUGCCAUGAGUAUCGGACAGUCCUCGUCUUUCGCUCCGGAUUUUGCCAAAGCAAAGUCCUCGACACAGAGGAUAUUGGCCCUGCUGGAGCGGAAGCCAGAGAUUGACAUCUACAGUGAGGAAGGAGAGAAACCAGCCAACUUUGUGGGUGACAUCGAGUUCCGCGGGGUCCACUUUGUGUAUCCAACCCGACCGAAUGUGAAGGUUCUGCAGGGCUUGAAUGUGUCAGUGGGGCGGGGCCAGACCCUGGCGCUGGUAGGCGGGAGUGGCUGUGGGAAGAGCACUUCAGUGCAGCUGCUGGAGCGCUUCUAUGACCCCGUCUCUGGACACGUGUACAUGGAUGGAAAGGAAACUAAGAAGCUGAACCUUGCAUGGCUUCGCAACCAGCUUGGCCUGGUGUCCCAGGAACCCAUUUUGUUUGACUGCACCAUCGCUGAAAACAUCCAGUAUGGCGACAAUAGCCGUGUUGUCUCUCAUGAAGAGAUAGAGGAAGCUGCCAAGAGUGCCAACAUCCACAACUUUAUUGAGAAUCUGCCAGAGAAAUAUAACACCAGAGUCGGGGACAAAGGCACCCAGCUUUCAGGGGGACAGAAGCAGCGGAUUGCCAUUGCUCGGGCGCUGGUCCGUCGGCCCAAAGUCCUGCUACUGGAUGAGGCCACCUCUGCGCUUGAUACAGAGAGUGAGAAGAUUGUGCAGCAGGCCCUAGACAAUGCAAGGCUCGGCCGCACCUGCAUCGUCAUCGCCCAUCGCCUGACCACCGUCCAGAACGCAGACAUCAUCGCAGUCAUCCAGAAUGGGGUGGUCACCGAACAAGGCACACAUGCGCAGCUGAUGGCCAGACAGGGGGCGUAUUACGCCCUGGUGAACGCUCAGGUCUCUCACUGAAAUGUAGAUAACAUCUAAAAGGAUAUGGCAGUGGUUAAUUGUGCUACCUAGUAAGCGCAAUAAGUAUAAGUGCAAUAAGCUCAUUUUGUGUCAUUUUUCAAUAUGUUAUUUUAUUGGCGCAGUACUUUAAUUUACACUUACGUGUAUGAAUACAUGGUACCUGCAUUUUUUAUUGUUCUGUUGUUUCAUGUUGUGUGAUUCUGAUUUCCCACAUGCUUGACUGAUGACAAAGCAAAUUCCUUUUUGGAUUAGUACUCAGUACUGGUACUGUCUUAUCUUAUCUUAUAGUCAGCAUCACUGAGCUUGUAACAAGGACGUUGCCUGAUUGGUGUUUUCCACUCCACUGGAAUAUUCUGUGCCUUACUAAGCCUUUUUAAACAUGCAUAUAUUUAAUUAAUGGCAACUGUUUCUGUAACUAACUUACCAAAGAAGCAAACAAUGUUGAAGCUGCAGUCCUUUCACAAUCACAAUCAGUGGAUUGCCAUUCAGAUUUUGUAAAAAAUCUUUGUAUCCUUUGGAGGAUUUAAGCUAUCAACAUAUGUAGGUAAUUAGUUCUUCACUGAGUCACUCCUAUUCUCUGCUCCUGAUCAAUUUUGCAUGGCUUUGCUGUCAGCUGCUGUUGUUUUAGCCCCAUACACAUUGGCUACUUGUCAUAUUAUAACUGGCUCUUUAUUAUGCAUUUACAUUAGCACUUUACUGAUUAUUUAUUGCUUACCAAGAUUUAGUUUGUCUGGUAGGUGUACAUCAACACAACUGAAGUGAUAGUAGCAUAGCUAGCAGAGUUCUUACUCAAUGAAAGAAGAAUAACAGGCAGGACUGGUGGUAGGUAGCUAGUGCAUGGCUAGCCUCCAUAUGGUAUGCAGCUGAAUCACCACAGACAGUGUUUCCCUCCCUGGCCCUGGGGGAACACUGUAUAUGCUGACAUUCGUUGAAUGCCGAUCUUGAUUUGAAAUUCACGUGACGAGGUCUGCUGUUAGUAUUCUUCAAACAAUGUUAUUUAUUUCUAAAGUUUUUUGUUACAGGUACACUUUGUUGGAAGUAUGUUUCAAAUGAAGAUGUCUCUGUAAGUUGCCUAUAUUAAUUUGGACACAUUGAAUA